GCCUCGCGCGCGGCCGGGGAGCCAACGGCCGCAGCGCGUCCCGGGCCGCGCCGGGGCCGCCGGAGAGCCGCGCCCGAGCUGAGCGAGGCCGGGCCGAUGGGCGCUGCGGGCCGGGGCGCGGACCGGCGGGCGGCGGAGAGAAACUUCUGGAAUCCAGAAUGUUGUUUUUGGCCUAAGAACUUACCCCACACUAACAUCUUCGUGGGGUGGUGGCUGCUCCCCAAACCCAGGGGACACGGCGGCUGCAGUAGAAGUGAGGCACGUGAUGCAUUUCACCUCAGGUUGUGGCGUUUUUCUCUCACCCCAGCUGUGUGGACAGGGCCACACGCCCUCCAAACAACAACGGCUCUUGCGUGCAUGUUCCAGUGUUUCUUCUGUCAGAGAGCCCAGCAGAGCUGCAGCUCCUCCCGUGCCAGCCCUGAGCUGAGCCAGGAGUGCCCAGCGGAGAUGGUGAAGAUGACAAGGUCCAAAACUUUCCAAGCGUAUCUGCCAAACUGCCACCGAACGUACAGUUGUGUCCACUGCAGGGCCCACCUGGCCAAUCACGAUGAGCUGAUCUCCAAGUCCUUUCAGGGAAGUCAGGGACGAGCCUACCUCUUCAACUCAGUGGUGAACGUGGGCUGCGGCCCUGCGGAGGAGCGGGUCCUUCUUACCGGCCUGCACGCCGUGGCGGACAUCUACUGUGAGAACUGCAAGACCACACUCGGGUGGAAAUACGAACACGCCUUUGAGAGCAGUCAGAAAUAUAAGGAAGGAAAAUUUAUCAUUGAGCUUGCUCACAUGAUCAAAGACAAUGGUUGGGAGUAAAGUGAAAACUUCCUGUUCUCUUUUGAAUAUGAUUUUGUGAAAGAGACGGUAAAUGUAAUGGAAACAUAGGCACAUCUGAUGGCAGUGUUUCUUGAACUCAAGUCUCACAGGCGGCCUCUCCAGGCCAAUCCCCUGGGUAAGGCGUCCCUCCGAUCUGUGUCUUCAAUAACACGGUUAUUUCUGAAAAGUUUCAAUGACCUUUUUCUAAUUUCUCAAGAUGUAGAGAAAAGACCUAACCAACUGGUGACUUAUCCAUCCAGUUAACACCUUCUUUAACCAAUGCCUUUAAGAUAGUUUGGCUCUGCUCUUUCGUGUUUGAUAGAAAACCAGACCGAAGCCCCAAAGCCCACAGGGAGGUCUCUUCGGAGAGCCAGCUUCCCCUCUUGUUUGGAUAGAAGGUACAGUAACCACUGCUCCCCGAUUCGUGGAACAACACGUUGGUUAUUCUUCUCGCAGAUGAGCUGUGAGGGCAGUGCUUAUUUAGGAAUCUCUCAGACAUCUAUGAAUCUAUGCACCAAGGGUGUUUUUUAGCCUUGUUCAAAAACCGAGGCCACCAGUGAUAACAUUUUAGAUAAGCUAUAAAUAGAGAAGUGUGUCUAAUGGAACAUGCUGUUUAUUUAAGUCAGUAGCUCCCUUAUCUCACAGGCAAGUGAAUGAGUAGUUAGCAGAGACAGUCUCGGGCUGGUGUGCAGGCACAGGCCCACGGGGGCUCCAGGUCAGGCACUGGGCCGCUGGUCCAUGGAGUUAGGGUGGAACGCGCUGGACCAAGAGAAAUCGGGUUUCCUUUUCUACUCUGAUGUAUUUGAAGAAAAAAUUAUUUUUUGCAUAUUUGAAAGAGGCCAGAGCAGGCUAGGCUUCCAAAUUUAACAUUUGCCAGAUAGUUUUAAAAUUUUUUUGGAAAAGGUUACAGUCAGAAGACAAGGUUUAAACUUUGCAGUGAAGAUGUUUGGUUUAUUCAGCAGGUCCCCGUGCCUCCCUGGUUCUGUCCUGUGGGCCGACACAGGCAGGGCCCAGCAGCCUCCCGAGUCCUGCGUUUCUGCCACAGGUUCAAGUUCCGACUCACCCGUGCCUAUGCAGGGAGUGGGCACCACCCACGGGUUUUGGCCGCUUUGCAGAGAAUGGAGGCCAAAAGGCAUCCCCACAACAGUUUUCGUGUUCAGUGUUCUACCUGGCUCUGGCCAGUGGGCCCAGCCUGCCACUGGGCGUCUGGGGGCCUUCAGUGUGGUCACCGGGGCAUGAGACUCCCGGGACCCCAGUGCUGAGGGUCAGAGAGAGGGCUGAGGGAGUGGGGAAGAGAGGAGGGCACAGGCCGGCUCCCAAACUCCUUCAGACGAGGUUAGUCCUAUGGCCACAAGCGCGAGCUGGCUAGGGACAGAGAGGGACCGGCUGCCAGUUGGUGGGUGGCCCUCCCCUGACCCCCAGCCACUCACCUGGGCUUCCCUUUGACACCAUCUCUGCCUGGACCUGCAGCCUGGAUUGUGGGGAGUGUCCUGCCUGCCCUGGGUGCUGGGUCGUCCACGAGGGUGCCCAGCGGGCCUGGAUGCAUCUCAAGUUGCCAAGGAAGUGCUUGGCACGGCGCAAGCCUCCACUGCAGGCACUCUGCCGCCUCCCAAGCUGGGCCCCGGGCCUGGUCCUCAGUGCCCCGUGAAGGCCCGGCCAGCACCUUCCCUGAGACGUGAGUACGAAUCCCUGAGACCCCACCUGAGCCAGCGGCUCCUCAGCCGGGCCUCCUCCCCAAGCUUCAGCCUGUGGCCCAGCUGCUUCUCCAAAAGAUGCUUGCUGAUGCUGAGGAACCUCCUAAAAUUCCUCUGUAUACACUCAACUUAUAUUUAGAGCUUUUGUAUGUUCUGGGCACAGUUACCGCUCCUCCGCUCUGAGCACUUUGGUUUUGUGCCGUCUCUGUGGUGGCAUUGAAGUGUUUUUACCAGUGGUCCAUGAUGACUUUUGUAUUUUUGUAGCUGACACCAACAAAGACUCUUAACAAUUUUCUUGUUAGUCUUCUGCAAAAUCCGAGCUCCUUUUGAAACCAAAUGAACUGACUGUGAGCAGCUUCAAGGACGGACACUCACGAGACCACAACCAGAUGUGCUGGUCGAGUGCUCUGGAAUGCGCCACCCUUUUAAAUUCCUAAACAGUAAAUAUCACCCUGUGACUUUUAUUUAUUUAAGAUAUUUUUUUCCUUGCGAAGAGUGGGAGGUGAUGCCAGGAUUAUAAAUGCAUUUAAGUUAAACUAUGUAAUGUCUUCUGCACAGUACAUAUAUAUAUAGUAUUUUUAUACCUUAACGCUUGUUCUUGAUGGCAUCUGUCAGAUAUUAGGAGGGAUCAGAAAUGGGAAUUGUUUAAAAAGUCCUUUAAUUUACCUGAUAACCUCACCAGGGACUUAACAAAAUCUGAACGUUUUUAAUAUCUAGAAAACUAAAAUUUAAGCUCAAAAUGACCUACAGAAAUGUAAACCCUCAUUUAUCAAAGCCUCUGGGCAGGCCUGUCCUCUGCUGUGGGUGGCGCCGCGGGGCUGCAGCCCAGGGUGGCCGGCCUUCCCUCAGGGCAGUUGGGCACAGCUGCCGGACAGACGGAUGGACAGAAGCCCAGGCCAGCCCGAAGGUUUGCCCCUCAAGCAGGACUGCCAAGCUCACGUGCACAGGCUUCCUCUGGCCCCACGUCCGGCUCUCCGUCCUCUGUCUGUGUGAGGUUUAAAAAUAAAGCUUCCAACA